CGCUGCAGUUAUGCCCAUCAAGCGGCGGCUCUGCUGCAAACAAGUGAGGUCGGAAGCCGUUCACCCCGAGCCUUUCAAUUCAUGGCUUUCGGCCUAAAUAUUUGAUCGGAAAUCUGAAAAGUUUUGGUUCCCGAUUGAACAUUGUCCCUGCUUUACUGCGUUUUCGUCGCUCUAUUCAAUGUAAGGCGAACUAUUCUUGGCUUGUCUCAACAUCCGAUUUCCAUGAAUGAGUAUCAUGAUUCUUGGGGAAAAUCAGGGUUUACCCUAAAACCCUGAACUUUUUGUUCUUUUGAACGAAUCUCUUGAUGGGGAGCAGGAGAAGAUGUUCCGGAGGUUUGCUUAAGGUUCUUAAUGUAGGCACUUGUUCUUCAUGCCAAUCAAUGAGUUCUUCCACAUUUUACCGCUUCACUAAUUUCCGGGUUCAGAAAAUCGGGCUAUUCCAUUUAUGUGAUCCCAAAACAGGAAGCUUUCAGCCAUUUGGGAUACAAUUUCGUGAUUUCUGUUCUAGCCGCACUUUAUAUAGCCCUUUAGGUUGCAGUCUCGCCCAUUCUUUUAGUUGUAAUCCGAUCAGGUUAUGGAAUAGAUGUGGAGGAAUCGACAUUGCCCACGAUGCUGAAUCGAGAUUUCAUAUACUCAAGUUCGCGAAAUCGUCGAUUUCAUUGCAUUUGGACAGUGCGCCCUUCUGUUCAUCUUCGCUAGAGCAAAUUGAUGGCUGCAAUAUUGAUGAUAUCCAUGAAGGGUAUUCUUGGUCUGAGGAUUGUGAGAAGUUGUUUAGAGCUAUAAGUGAGAAUUCUGAAGCUGAUCAGCGUAUGGAGGAUGCUCUUGAAUCAGCUGGUGCAUCAGUGACUACUGAAACUGUUGGAAUGGUGCUUCACCGGCUUCGGUUUGAUGAAAAAUCAGCGCUGAGGUUCUUCAUAUGGGCUUCUCAGCAAGAAGGUUAUAGCCACCAACCGCCGACGUAUAAUGCGAUGAUCGACAUACUUUCUUGCACAAAGUAUAAGGCCAAACAGUUUGGGAUCGUCUGUGAUCUCUUGGAUUACAUGAAACGGAAGAAAAGGAACUAUGUACCAAUCGAAAUGCUUCUCGAGAUACUCCGCAAGUACACUGAGAAGAAUCUCACGUCCCUUGGGAAGUUUGCAAAAAAGAAGAAGAUCAGAGUCAAGACGAAGCCGGAGAUCAAUGCAUUCAAUUUACUGUUAGAUUCUCUGUGCAAGAGUGGACUGGUCGGUGAAGCCGAGUCCAUGUUUAAGAAGCUCAAAGCUAAGCUUCCCCCUGACGCAAGGACCUAUAACAUACUGUUUUUCGGGUGGUGCAGAGCGAGGAAGCCUACGAAGGCCAUGGAAGUGUUGGAAGAAAUGAUUCAGAUGGGGCAUACUCCUGAAAAUUUCACCUACAAUGCUGCCAUUGAUGCAUUCUGCAGAGCUGGGAUGGUUUUGGAGGCUUCUCAACUGUUUGAAUUCAUGAGGACUAAAGGAUCAACCAUGUCAUCCCCCACAGCGAAAACUUAUUGCAUCAUGAUUGUGGCAUUGGCGAAGGCGGAUAGGAUGGACGAGUGUUUUCAAGUCAUUGCAGAUAUGAGAAAUAGCGGUUGUCUUCCUGAUGUUUCGACUUAUGUAGGAUUGGUUGAAGGAAUGUGUUCUGCAGGUAAACUUGAAGAGGCUUAUAAAUUCUUGGAUGAGAUGGCAAACAAGGGCUAUCCGCCUGAUAUUCUUACUUACAAUUGUUUCCUGAAGGUUCUCUGCAACCGUAGACAGGUUGAUGAUGCUUGUGCUCUGUUAGAAAGAAUAAAAGUAUCAGGUUGUUUGCCAAGCGUGCAGACUUACAAUAUGCUGAUUACCAUGUUCUUCAACGUGGGCCAAAUCGAGAAGGCUACUGAAUUAUGGAAUGAAAUGAACAAGAUUGGUUGCCCACCAGAUAUUGAUUCUUAUUGUACAAUGAUCGAUGGACUGUUCAAAUCCGGUGACUCUGAUAAUGCUCGCCUUUUUCUGAAUGAGAUCAUGGAGAAGAGAAUUAAACUGCCAUAUCGAAGAUUCGAUUCAUUUUUAAUGAGGCUGUCAGCCCUUGGUGAUCUGCAAAUGAUUCAUCAGUUAUCUGAAUACAUGCGGAGGUUCUACAACCACGCUAUGACAAGGCAUUUUGUGAGAAGUGAGAAGCGGAAGAGUAUGAGCUUGAGAAGAAAAUAGUAAUCAGCAUACACUAAAAUGGUAUACUUGGUCACAUACAGUUUGGUAGGGCAAGCUUGAUGUAUCAUCUUCUUGGGUAUUGGAAAACUUACUGCCUUAUUGAUGAAAAGAAUGCUUCAUCAGCACAUGCACUUCACAUCUCGCAUAUUAUGCAUUGCUUGUUGAGUGGUUAGCUAUACAAUAGCACUAGUUGAUUGCUUCUAUCUGCAUAUUAAGUUCCACUUUUGAAGCUCUCAAAUUUUGAUCACUCAUCUGUCCCCUACCAGUCAGCAAACAGCAGUAGUUGAUUGAUAUAUCUAUGCAUCGGGUUGCCUGCUUAGCUUCUUUCCUGGUGAAAGAAAGAACCGAUACAACUUUUGUUCAGAAAGUCGGCUGUUUCAAGGUGCAGAAUUGUCAAUUUCAAGUUGCGUCAUUUUGCAGGUUAGAAAGAUCGAGCUUGUUAGUUUAUCACGGUAUUUUGUUGGAAAGAUCAACUCUCUACAUGUUCUAAAAAUUGAGCUGCUGUCUAUUUUAUGGUGGAGCGAGGCAGGUGCUUCUGAGGCUAAUUUCUCUCUUAUUGGAGCACAGCUUUUCGCUUUGUUUUUUUGAAGACAAGGGUGAGCGCUGACCACCAAGCCUUAAGAGGCAACACCGUGGGAAAACUCAGGCAACUGGGUCGCAGGGUUGGGACUUGAUCCACGGUUUUCAACUCGGCAUUCUUCACAUUCCUGUUACCACCUGCCAUCAACAUCAUUCAUGCUUGCUGAUAGCACACGAGAAGCGAUUUUUUGUUUCUAUUUUAAUUUCCCUGUCCUUUUUCUGUUCAGGUUUAUUUAUCAUAUUCCUUUGGGUGUGCAUGCACUAUCGAAGAAAACAUGGCGGCUGGGGAGUGGGGAACCUUGUUCUGACAAAUCCUGUAGUCUCAGCAUAAAAUGUUUGUGCUUCUUUGGGAGGCUGUUUGACAUAAACUCCUGUGAGUCGACCAAUGCAGAUGCACAAUUAUGAACAUGAAAAAGAGAUGAAGAAAGGCUGCUGAGAGUGGUGCAGUUUCUGGUGCUGCAGAGAUGGCUGGUGCUGAUAUGAACCUAACAGGUCUGAGAAUACUGAGGAUAUGGUGGCAUUGUCUUGGUUCACUUUCCAUGAAGUCCGUGUAGCAUCGCCGGUUGUGGACUUCAAUGUAAAAUGGUGGCCAUUCGGAUUCAAGUCUUAAAUACAUCUUUUAUGAGAUUAGUGGAGAACCACGUCGGCUAAACAUGAUUAUGAUGCACGGAUGUAACUGUCAUUAGUCUACUGUAUUCUCCGGGAUCUCUUUUUAAUGAGAACCCAAAAGGCACCCAACCUACAGUUAAAUUGAGCACCUAAAUUAAGACGUGUCAAAUACACUUCAAUUUUUUGAUAAGAACUAAUUUAUGUUGAAGCAGUUUAGUUA